AUGAGAUUAAUAAAAGACGAAAGCAAGAGGGUUGGAUACUUCACCCUCACAAACAAGGAGAACGGCCGUUGCGAGCUGAAACCACUUUCUUCUACAAGUUGCCAUCUCAAGAAGUGUAUGUUUUGCCCUGAAUUCGUGGUCGGCGUACGACUAUCUAUCCGAGAUAUUCGACGAGCUCAUGUCCGCGAUAAUAUCACUGAGCUACUGAAUGAAAUUGUCGAAGAUUUAGAGAAAUUAGAUUCCCUGGUAUCUUCAGGGCUGUCUGAGACCGACCCUUCAGCCGCUCACCAAAUAUCAGCACCAGAAAAUGGAACAGCUGCAGCUUCAGAUGGAGAGACCAGGAUUCUCCAGAACAUUGAUGGGCUCUUGAGGGCUGACGAAGCUAAAAUGAACCCAUCGAACUUGGAAAGUCGAGUCGAACCAGUGGUGGAAGAAAGCAUCAGGAAGAUUCGACAUCUUGGAGGAAACGGUACGACUAUGGCGGCUGCACCGACUUCGUCCAUGAAUUAA